AUGAGGAUCUUCCAAGCUGGCUCUCUAGCCAUUUCUCUCUCUGUUUUUACAACAGCUGCCUCCGCUUCCGUCUUCCAGAAUCACACCUAUGACUAUAUUGUGGUCGGUGGUGGCCCUUCCGGAAUCAUCAGCGCCGAGAAGUUCGCCCAGGCAGGAAAGAAAGUUCUGCUCCUUGAGCGAGGUGUCGGACCAACAGUGGCCACCGGAAACAAUGAGACCCUGACAUGGGACCACUCAUUGACUCCCAUCGAUCUCCCGGGACUGUCGGCUGACAUCGGCUCGCUCGAUGUCUGGAACCAGUAUGUGUGUACCGACACUGCUGGCACUGCUGCCUGUGUGCUCGGCGGUGGUGUAACAGUCAACUACAUGGUCUUUGUUCACCCACCAGCCCGCGACUUCGACGACAAGUGGCCCAAGGGCUGGAAGUGGAAGGAUGUCCAGUCGGCUGCAGACCGACUCUACAAACGCAACCCUGGAACCAUCCUGCCCUCUGCCGACGGCAAGCGAUAUGACCAGGCUCUUUAUGGUGUGCUGUCCAAGUUCCUCGGUGGUCUUGGUUGGAAGUCGGUGGAUAUGAUCGCCCAGCCGAAUGAGAAGCACCAGGUCUACAGCUACCCGGCCUGGAACGUGAAGAACCAGAUGCGUGCUGGCCCUGUUCGCACAUAUCUACCCGAUGCUACCAAGCUAGAUAACUUCCACCUUGCUCUCCAAACCAAAGUCAUUCGCUUGGUCCGUUCCGGUAGUCAGGUCACUGGCGUCGAGGUGCAGACUGCCUCGGGCGGCUCUGAGAUCAUCACUAUUGCCCCACAUGGUCGCGUGGUGCUGGCUUCCGGUGCUUUGUCUACUCCACGUCUGUUGUGGAACUCUGGUAUUGGUGGCCAGGCCCAGAUUGAGACUGCGAAGAAGAGCGGAGUUACCGUUCCUCCCAAGGCCCAGUGGAUUGACCUGCCUGUUGGUGUCGGUCUGAAGGACCACCCCAUUUUCUCGAUCGUCUUCAACACCAACGCCUCAUUUGGCCUUGUUGACUACGACGGCGUCCUUAACGGAACCGACUCUAGCGAUAUUUCCCUCUACCGCAAUCACAGCGGUGUACUGACCCAGGGCAAGCACCGCAUGAUCUUCUUCACCUCGGAGGAGAUUGAUGGCCACACCCAGUACUACCAGGGCUCGUGCGCACCUACUAGUGAAGGCGUGGUCACCAUCACCACGUACAUGACUCACGGCCUCACCUCGUCCGGUGUCCUGGGACUUGAUGCCAGCGGAAAUACUGUUAUUGUGAAGUCGCCCUACCUCCAGACCGCUGCUGACCAGAAGGCCGCCCGUACUUUUAUUCAGAAGAUGGUCAACAGCAUCACCGCCCCAUCCACUGGCUUUGAGCUUGAGACUUACACCAAUGUCUCAGCCAUCUUGGGGUCUCAAACUGCUGGUAUCCACUACACCAGCACUGCGAAGAUGGGUACCGAUGAUGGCCGUAAGGGCGGCACUUCCGUUGUCGAUACUAAUACCAAGGUCUAUGGAGUGGAUAACCUUUUCAUUGUCGACGCUAGUAUCCAUCCCGACCUCCCGACCGGUAAUAUCCAAGCUGCUGUCAUGGUGGUUGCUGAAGCCGCAGCCGCUAGGAUUUUGUCCUGCUAA